UGACGUUACAUAUAUUACAGGUAGAUGACAUGUACUGUAAGAUGAAGUCAGUAUUACAUGAGGCACUAGGAAAAAUACUUGAAGUUGAGAUGCAAAAAGCAUAUGAUGACAUAUGGACAGACAUUGUGUACAGAAAACCACCGUGGGAUUUAAAAGCUAUACUAGAGUGUUGGAAAAAGCACUGGAGAGCUGUGUUUGGAUUUGUGUUUCCAAGAUACCUGUCCGCUAAUGUUGACAGUUUACUUGCCAAUAUAUCUAGGUGUAAAGGUAUAACUUUGGAUGUUGUUACUGAUAUUUGUGAUGAAAGUACAGAAAUCUUGGAGAAAGCUGCUUUUACCAACAUGUACAGUUCAAGGUUAUGGGAGAUCUCAAAGACUGUGACGGUGAUUAGAGAUUUGUGUGGCAAGAUACCGAAGAUGACCUCAGCUAAUGUACCGAACCUGGAACAUUACAUUAAUUCACAGGUUGAUGCUACAUUAAAUGUUGAUAGCAGUACAGGAUUGACCAAUGAUGAUACAGCUGUACACACUAGUCAGUGUACAGCCUCCACGUCUGUGAUAAAUACGCAAAAACCUCAUACAGACACUGAAACAGCUCAUUCUGUUCCCCACCCACAUUCCAAUAUAUAUCAUUCUAAUCAGACUGGUCCCAUACAAACUUUCUCUAGUCAGAACUUACAGAAUGGUCCCCUACAAACUUUGUCCAGUCAAAAUUCACAGACUGGUCCCCUUCAUUCCCUACCUAGUCAAAAUUCACAGACUGUGUCUGAAAUAAAUCCAGCUGUUUCAUCAGUGAGUUGUGAUAAGACUGUGACAAAUGUUGCAGAAAGUGAUUCCAGUCCAGAAUUGAUGGCAGGUGAACAUUUAUCUAACAUAUGGAGAUGCAUUUAUAAAUACUGUGACGAGUUUUACAGAACAAUAUCGACAAGUACCGACCCAGAUGUAUUAAGAAAUAUCCAACCAGUUUUAAAAGUACUUGUAUCAACGAGCCUGGAGUUGAGGAAAUACUAUGCUGGGUUGCUAGAGUUACCGGUCACUGAUCUCUCAAAUAGAGAACAAGAGUUUACAGCAUUAAGUCAAGUGUGUAACACUUUCUUCAGCAGAUUAAAUGUUCAGGAUAAUGUUCCAGUUGGUAUAGUUACACCUAUACAGCUUCUGACUUUAUAUAGCAAAUUAUCCUAUAGGGAAACAUUGACACAGUUCCUGUCACAGCUUGAUGAAAUGUUAAAGAUGAUGUACCAGUGCCUUCAUAAACUCUGUCCUGAUGACUGAAUCAUUUAUUUGUUCACAGUGUUAAUUUUGUUAAAAUAAAAUCAUGUUAUAAAUCUGUUAUACCUAAAUUGAU